GCCGGCCCGGACCCCAUGGGUUUGUCUCUGCCCAGGGAGAAGGGGCUGAUUCUCUGCCUGUGGAGAAAGUUCUGCCGAUGGUUCCAGAGACAGGAGCUGUGGACACAGAGCCGUGAUGAGCUGAACCUGCAGCAGCAGCAGAGGAUCUGGGAGUCCCCCUUCCUCCUGGCGGCCAAGGAGAAUGACGUGCAGGCACUCCACAAGCUGCUGCAGUAUGAGACCUGCGAGGUGCACCAGAGAGGGGCCCUGGGGGAGACAGCGCUGCACAUCGCUGCGCUCUACGACAACCUGGAGGCGGCUGUGGUGCUGAUGGACGCCGCCCCUGAGCUGGUCUUCGAGCCCAUGAUGUCGGAGCUGUAUGAGGGUCAGACGGCCCUGCACAUCGCCAUUGUCAACCAGAACGUGAACUUGGUGCGCGCCCUGCUCGCCCGAGGCGCCAGCGUGUCGGCCAGAGCCACUGGCAGCGCCUUCCAGCUCAGCCCACGCAACCUCAUCUACUUCGGGGAGCACCCCUUGUCCUUCGCGGCCUGCGUGGGCAGCGAGGAGAUCGUGCGGCUGCUCUUGGAGCACGGCGCUGACCUCCGCGCCCAAGACGCCCUGGGCAACACGGUGCUGCACAUCCUCACCCUGCAGCCCAACAAGACGUUCGCCUGCCAGAUGUACAACCUGCUGCUGUCCUACGACGGGCUGGGUGGCCAGCUGCAGUCCCUGGACCUCGUGCCCAACCACCAGGGCCUCACCCCCUUCAAGCUGGCCGGCGUGGAGGGCAACACCGUGAUGUUCCAGCACCUGCUGCAGAAGCGGAAGCACAUCCAGUGGACCUACGGGCCGCUGAGUUCCACCCUGUACGACCUCACGGAGAUCGACUCCUCGGGGGACGAGCCGUCCCUGCUGGAACUGAUCGUCACCACCAAGAAGCGCGAGGCUCGCCAGAUCCUGGACCAGACCCCCGUGAAGGAGCUGGUGAGUCUCAAGUGGAAGCGGUACGGGCGGCCGUACUUCUGCGUGCUGGGCGCCGUCUACCUGCUCUACAUCGUCUGCUUCACCGUGUGCUGCGUCUACCGGCCCCUGAAGCCCAGGACGGACAACCGCACCAACCCGCGGGACACCACGGUCCUGCAGCAGAAGCCCCUGCAGGAGGCCUACGAGACCCCCAAGGAUCAUAUCAGGCUGGUGGGGGAGCUGGUGACGGUGGUGGGGGCGGUCAUCAUCCUGCUGAUAGAGAUCCCAGAUGUCUUCCGGUUGGGUGUCACCCGCUUCUUUGGACACACCAUCCUCGGGGGGCCGUUUCACGUCCUCCUCAUCACGUAUGCCUGCAUGGUGCUGGUGACCAUGGUGAUGCGACUCUCCAGCACCAACGGCGAGGUGGUGCCCAUGUCCAUCGCCCUGGUACUGGGCUGGUGCAACGUCAUGUACUUUGCCCGAGGAUUCCAGAUGCUGGGUCCCUUCACCAUCAUGAUCCAGAAGAUGAUCUUUGGGGACCUGAUGCGCUUCUGCUGGCUCAUGGCUGUGGUCAUCCUGGGCUUUGCUUCGGCCUUCUAUAUCAUCUUCCAGACAGAGGACCCCGACGACCUGGGCCAUUUCUACGACUACCCCAUGUCCCUGUUCAGCACCUUUGAGCUGUUCCUCACCAUCAUCGACGGGCCGGCCAACUACGACGUGGACCUGCCCUUCAUGUACAGCAUCACCUACGCGGCCUUCGCCAUCAUCGCCACGCUGCUCAUGCUCAACCUGCUGAUCGCCAUGAUGGGCGACACGCACUGGAGGGUGGCCCACGAGCGGGACGAGCUCUGGCGGGCGCAGGUCGUGGCCACCACAGUGAUGCUGGAGCGGAAGCUGCCCCGCUUCCUGUGGCCGCGCUCAGGGAUCUGUGGGCGCGAGUACGGCCUGGGGGACCGCUGGUUCCUGCGGGUGGAGGACAGGCAGGACCUGAACCGGCAGCGGAUCCAGCGCUACGCACAGGCCUUCCACACCCCGAGCCUGGACGAUGACAGUGGCAGCGGCGGCGGUGACAAGGACAGCGACAAGCCGCAGCCAGGCUGCCCGCCUCUGCUGGGCACCCACCUGUGCCUGCCCAGCCCCUCCGUGUCUCGAAGCACCUCCCGAAGCAGCACCAACUGGGAACGGCUGCGUCAGGGGACGCUGAGGAUGGGGAUGCUGAGAGAGAUGCGGGGUGUGGUCAACCGGGCCCUGGAGCCCUGGGAGGCCUGGGAGUACCAGAUCUGA